AGAUUACCAUCUCUAUCAUAAAGACAAUGAAAAAAAGAUUAAUUUUGGUGCAUCAGUGUCAGUAAAUAUCCAAAAAAGUGCUCAAAGUGCCUAAUUCCGCGAGCCAAAAAUGGUUGUUUGCACAGCCACAAUGCCCCCGGAAACACGGCAAGUACCCGCGAUGAAGAAAGAGCACUCGGAACUGCUGGAAAACCCCGCAAACUCUGAACCUGCUGACCCUGGCAAUAAAGGAGAGGUAGUCGUCGAGGAGGAUCGCGAAGAGGGCGAGAUUGUAGAUGAAUUCGAACUGAUAAUUUCAUCCGAGGAUGAGGAGUACAAGUUGCGCGCCAGGAUACAGCAGCUGGAGGAGAACAACAAGGAUGUGGAGCGCAUGGACAUGCUAUCCGCCAAUUUGGCACAUCAAUACAAUUACCCAAAGCCUGUACCGCGCUUGCCGUCGCAGCAACAAAAGUCGCCCGUUUACAUCCUGUCGGAUGUGUCCAGCCAGUCCGACGAUGAGUUCGAGGCCCAGCGAAAGUAUCGCAAGCACAAGGUGCGCCGCCUGGAGCUGGGCAAAAGGCACAAUCCUACGUUGCCCAGUGACUAUAGGCGAAAUCCCUUUGUCAGGCGCCACAAGCACACCUCGCCACCUCCUCCGGUCACCACACAGCGCCGGCGGCAAGACUAUCACCAUCAUCAGCCGCCCAAUCACCACCAGCGUCGCCACCAGCAACAUCACGAGCUUGAUGAUUCCCUGGACAGCGACGGCGAGCUGGGCGAGUACGACCUAAACGAUGACAACGAGGACGACGAGAUAGACCUGCACAGGCUUAGACUGAGCCGGAAUAAGUUGCGCGUGGCCUUGGCGCGGGAGGAGCGAGAGGAAUUUGUAAGUCACUACAAAAACAGUCUGAGGGAGCGACUUCAGUACCGCGUGCCCAAGUCACCUAGCCCAAAGCAGGAGGUGUCGCAAACCGAAGAUCCAGCCGAGCUUAAGCUUCGACUUAUAGCCCUUAAAUCUGCCAUACUGAAAAAGCAUUUAGCGCGUAAGAAGCGAGACGCAGAGCGGGCUUACUCACCCACUGAUAUGAUCAAUCGCGUGCAUCCCGCCAUUUCCAACGACGACGACAUCGAUGACUUCAUGGAGAUCAGUCCAGCAGCAUCGCCAGAUCGAGUACAAAGUCCGCCGAGAUACCCAAUAGAUUACGCCGUGGACACAAAGCCUGUGGACAUGGAACUAGCCGAAACGGACAGCGAUGAUCAGCAAAAAGAAGUCUGGAAUUCGUGGUCAAACAACUGGAACUCCAUUGAUAACGCAGGCGGCAGUUGGCGUUGCUUCUUGCCCAACAACUUGCCACCCGUUUCGGUGCCCAUUGUGAUAGACGAAGACGAUGAGGUAGAUAUACAUACGGAUGAUCGGAUAAGGAGAGAAAAUAUGGUUUACGAUGACGACGAAGUACCGCCGCCACCGCCGCCCUUUCACAUUCCACAAAUGCAUCUGGAGGACGAGGACGCCCGGGAUGCCAUGCACCUAGUCGACCAGCAUUCCAAUCAUAGCUAUAACUCGGAGUUGCAGACCGUUUCCAUGGAAAACUCGCAGACGAUUAUGAAGACAUUUGACCAAUCCCAGGCGAAUUCGAGUGACGAUGAGGCUGGAGCCUUGCGAGCUAUUUUGCUAUCCAAUUUACGGGCAAAUAGACCUCCACCACCACCUCCAAGAACCCCACAUCCUGCUGAUUCUGAACCCAAUUCUGCUCCGGAUCCGGACCACGUCUCGGAACCUAUUGCAGUCCCUGUGCUCUCUCCUGUACCUGUUCCUGUUCUCGAUUCAGUGCCUUCUCUUGUACCUGGUCCCGUGGCUCAACUUAAGGACGAAUCAACGCAAGACAAUGAUUCAGAUGAUCCGGAAGAGCUGCGUUUAUUGCUACUUUCCAGCAUAGCAAGCAAAAAGCGAACCCAUGACCCAAAAUCGAAGUCCGGUUUAAGUCCGGAGAUACUCAAGAAUGCUGUGAAACGCUUCCAGCCCUCGGAUUUGCCCAUAAAAGAUGAACAGUCUCAGGACCAACAGUCAGUUCUAGAAGAGAAUAAUGAACUGGAAGUAGGAAAGGAAAUAAUAAAUGAAGUUGUGGCUGAGCCGAUUGCAUUGGAAAUUGCGCCCAUUAACGUGGAGACUUUGGAGCUGCCACAGCCAGUGGCCAAGCUAAAGAUCCAGGCACGGAAGCAAACGUCGCCGUCCACAAAAAUCAUAAAAAUUGUAAAGCCCAACAAAGUGAUAAACAAAAAGACAACGACCAAACGGAAAUUGCUCGGAAAUGAAGGUUCCGGGUUGACCAUAAAGCGGCCAACAGCCCUAAUGAUUAAGGAGCCCAGCGCUCCACUGCGUGGUCAGGAAGUGAUCGCAUCCAGCACUCGCCUGAUCACCACCGUAGAUCCAGCCAGCAUCAAAGUAAAUAAGCUGAUCAUUAGCUUAGCAGAGGAGUCGGCCGCCAGUGAUGAUGACCUGGAACUGAGUUCGUGCUUCGCUUAUACAAACGCAGACAUUGCCAGCCCCUUGAGUUUGGCAAUGGGUAGCUUAAGUGGCUCCACCACCAGAUCAAAUACUCCCAUAUCCGAGAUUGCCGAAACGGCUCCCAAUGCCAAUAACAAUCUCAGACGAACUGUGAUCAAUGAAUACUUUGAGAAGAAGAUCGACGAUUUUCUAAAGCAAGCUAGAUCCAAAGCUCCCACAACUAACUCACCAGAGGCAGCUACAGAAAAGAGUUCUGAGAAACCCCAGGUUGAGGACAAACCUCCAGCAAGUGCUACUUCUUCCAAGACGCAGACGCCGCCAAAGACGACGCCGGUGGCUGUUCGUCAUUUGCCAGUGGCAUCGCAGAAGGAAUACCUCCGUUUGGUCGAGCGCAUGCAAAUGUUGGAGCAAAAGAAGGUGCGGGCAGUCAAAGCAACUGCUCCUGUGGCCAAAAGUAAAGCACCUACGGUUGACAAGCCAUCGUCGCAGAGCAAAUCACCGCCAAGCACGGCGAACAUUGUAAAGAACCCAGCCAAGGAAGUCCUAGCAAGUACAACGACUUCCACCAUGACCAACGCCAAAGCUACCUCAACCGUUCAGAAACCUCAAGUCAAAGCUGCGGAUUUAAAAUCACCAAAAACAAAAGCUAAGCAAAAUCAGAUGUCCAAGGAGAGUCGUUUGAAGGCAUUUGAGAAUUCGUUUGUUAAGAUUGGGGGAAGCAUGCUCGUCAAUCUGGACAAAUCGCUGCAAAUGGUGGAAGAAGCCAAGAAGUCAAAGGCAAUACGUCUGCGAUGCUCACAUCGUCUCAAGGAACUUUAUGCCGAGAUGCAGACCGUGAGGCAGGCGGUAAAACAGGAGGAACUUAAGCUAGCGAGGAUUCAGCCCGAGAUUCAGGCCAGCCAUGAGAUCAUCAUAUCACUGAAGCAGAAACGACAUAAACUCCAUGCGGCGGCUAUGGACUUGGGGCGUGGAUUAAGGGGCGAUGACUACAGGUUAAUCGACGAGGGAAAGGCUGCCAUCACCACCAAAUCAACUCUGCUCACAAAGGAGAUACGCUUGUAUAAUUCUAUUGUAAACUACGCUGACCUUAAGAAACUGACUGAUGCGGAGAUUAGUGAACCAAACACUGUGAUGCACAAGGAAUUCAAAGCGGUCAACAGGAGGACUUUACAGCCUGCUCAACCUUUAACGGAUCCUCAGAUUAAAAGGCAUAGUGAAGCAGAGAUAGAGCCUGCGAUUGGAAAACAACCUGAAACGGGGACUGACCCUCCAGAUGAACAGGCGCAGGAAAAAACUGUAGAAGUAGCCGUAAAAUCUAGCGCACCCUACACGGUUAGCAUAAUGCGGGAACUGCGCGAGGAGAAGUGCGACGAGCAUCUUGGGGACAACUAUCUAAGUGCCUAUCAAACACCCAUGUGCAGGAACUACAAUAGCCACCUCGAUGUCCACGCCACAAUCUGCCCGUUUGAUCUGAUGGGUCGCUGUGAGGAUGCGGACUGCUCCUACCUGCACUUAGCCCGCCCCGACUCCCAAAAUGAGCUAAUGCCAAACCCUCUCUCAAUAUCUUACCAAUAACAAACUCACUAAAAACAUAAAUAACCCAAACAAAAAUAUGUAAAAGCGUGCUUGAAUUCUGGUAAGUUGGACUCUUCACGCGACUUAAUAUUUAAAUGUUGCUUUCAGUCAACGUUAAAAAGAAAGAAACCCACAAAUCACAUGCCAAGCAGACGAAGAGAAGCAUCCGCCGGCGCAGCGAGUGCUAAACCAUAAAAACCGAAAAAUAGCAAUGAAAAAACAAUCGUUACUAGGUUGUACCUUGUUUGUUAAAUACAUUUAUAUAUAUCGUAUAUCGUGUAGUGCAAGUUCCACGUCUCCGUCGCUCGAGGACUAGUUUUCGGGCUAAAGUUUGAACGGAUGUGCAUCCCUUGUUUCGCUUAUAGUUUUUUACCUUAUUAUUUAAACUAUUUUUGAACAAUGUCGCCAUAAAUGAAUGCUCGAAGGCAACGAUUAUAUAAGCUUAAAUAGUUGAUUUCAAUGCGCGAUGAUUAUAAUUUAUAAAUGCGUUUGCCAAUUACAAACAUUUUCAUAUCGCAGAAAAUACCAAAUUUAUUUUUUUUAUUUCGAAAUCACUUUUUGAUAUCCAAUUAAAGAAGUUUAAUUAUUAUAAAGUUUUCUAAAAAUGCAAAAAAUGAAUUUACAAAACA